AUGACGCAGCUCCGGAUUGGGGCCUUGGCCAUGUUGAAGGACGCGUUCAAGGCCCUGACCAUGCGCCAGAAAGUGCCGGUGUUUGUGGUCACGCUGGAUGCAUUGGGCACCCUGUAUCGCUUCCGAGAGCCUGUGGCAGUCCAGUAUCGAACGGUUGCCCAACAAUGUGGCUUGCAAGCUGACAUCGACUCGGCGAGGCUCGAUGCGGCCUUCAGAUCGGCCUUCAAGCAUUACAAUACCGUCUAUCCAAACUACGGCAAGGGACAGCUGCGUGAUCCUGAAGCCUGGUGGACCAAGCUCGUCAACCGGGCAUUCCGCAACCUGGUGGACGUGGACCAGCAACACAUCCCCCACGACCUAGGCCCCCGUCUCUACCAACACUUCUCUUCGGGCGAGGCGUACGAGCUCUACCCCGACGUCCAGCCUUUUCUGCACACGCUACGCAUGCUCAAGGGCCAGUUUGGCGGUCCAGACGGGCCGCUGAUUGCCACGGGCGUGGUCACCAACUCUGAUCCGCGUGUCAGAUCAGUGCUGCAAGACUUGGGUCUGACGGCGGGACCUUCCAGUUUGCCUCGACUUGACUUUGGGCAAACCAUCGCCGAGACGGCCAGCCGCUUCAGAAACCAGGAAUAUCGAGCGCUGCUGGCCAGUCCGUUUGUGGAUUAUUUUGCCGCGGACAACGACUUCGACUUUCUGUGUACGAGCUACGAGGCUGGCGCGGAGAAACCGGACAUCAAUGUCUGGCUCGCUGCUCGCCAACUCAUCAUCCCGAUCCCCGGCUCGCGUGCAGAACAGGCCGUGGAUACCUCGACUUCGGCACCUCACCGGGGCAUGACAGAGUGCAUCCGCCACGAAGUGGGCGAUACUGCUUGGAUACACAUUGGGGACGAGUACUCCAAAGACUAUGUUGGCGCGGUUGGCGCGGAUUUGGAUGCCUUGCUCCUGCGCCGGAACGGGGACCGGGAUUCAGGAGUCUCUUCGGUCGCCGAGGACGAGGACAGCGUCAAGAGUGUGUCCAGUCUCGAGGAGGCGGCUAUGGUUGUGAGUGUGAUGGUUCAGGAACGAUUCGCCAGCGGUGCAGUCACGGACCAACCUAGUUGA